AUGAACUAAGCUGUGAUUACAAGCCCGUACGGUGUAGCUAUAUGAAUAAUGGAUGUGGUGUACAAACCAUCAGACAGGCAUUGGAGGAACAUUUGAAGGGAUGUGAAUACAGAAUUGUAGUCUGUACAUACUGUGGAGAGGAUGUCAUCUUCAAUCAAAAACAGGAGCAUGAAUCAAUUCAAUGCAGAAAAUUCCCCAUCCCAUGUCCAAACGGCUGUGGUCAUGAGAACCUACCACGAGAUGAGAUGAGAGAGCAUGUAGAGCUAACAUGUCCAAAAAAGCCAAUUCAUUGUAAAUUUGCCAACGUCGGAUGUGAAUUUACUGGAUCACGAGAGGAUGUGAAAACACAUGAAAAGGAGUCUAUUGAUCAUCACCUGCAGCUGACCACUGUGUACACAGCAAGCAUUGACCUCCAGAGUAUGGAGAUCCGGAGGGAAAUACAGGACAUCUCUGCGAGUCGGGACAACUAUAAGAGGACUGUUGACCAAUGUCUGAGGGAAGUGGCUACUGUAAAAGACGGCCUGGAAGUCAGCAAAAUGAACGUUAAGGAUUUGAAGUUAAAAGCUGUUGCUCUCACUGAAAGAGUUAUCCACCUUGAAAGAAGAGUGGAAGACUUGGCAAGGAAAGACACUGUGGAAAAACAAGGCCGUGACAUCCAAACCCUGCGGGAUGGGCAGACCAACAUUUCCGACCGAGUGACACAGAUUGAGCGAAAUGGAGGCGGAGGAGGAAUCGGCAAUGUUGUUAAUCAGGUACAGAAUCACGAGAGACAGAUUGGCCUGAUGGAUGUUCGUCUGGCUGAAUUAGACCUCAGACUCCAGAUUCAUGAGACUGCUUCCUUCAAUGGUGUCUUGAUGUGGAAAAUAAGGGAUUAUGCGAGAAGGAAACAGGAAGCAAUCAAUGGCAGAACCCUUUCAUUGUAUAGUCAGCCUUUCUACACCAGUCAGUUCGGCUAUAAGAUGUGCGCUCGUGUUUAUCUCAAUGGAGAUGGCAUGGGCAAAGGUACACAUAUGUCACUGUUCUUCGUGGUGAUGAGAGGCGAUUUUGACGGUCUUCUUCGAUGGCCGUUCCAGCAGAAGGUGAUUAUGAUGCUGCUUGAUCAGGAAGCCGGAACAAGACACCUAUCGGACACGUUCAGACCGGAUCCCAACAGCAACAGCUUUCGAAAGCCACAAACAGAAAUGAAUAUCGCAUCAGGCUGCCCUCUUUUUGUCUCUCAUACUGUACUGGAAACGAGAACGUAUCUUCAAGAUGACACAAUUUUUAUCAAAAUCGAAGUGGACACUAAUGGCAUUAAUCCUCCCUGACAAAGGCUCGCCCCAUUUCCUUAAGCACGGUGAUUGUGCUAUCUUUGCAGCCUGCGAUAUGGAGGACAUUGAUGAUUAUUGUAAUAAUAGUGGCGGUGUUACUAAAAUAUGCUUAAUCAGUGAAUGUGUGAAAUCUAUCUCUCUUAGUCAGCAAAUUAUGAUCACCUGCAGCAUAUCUUUCAUGUACCACUCUCCAUAUCCAAUUUCACUUUGUCUCCUCCCCAUGUUUCAACACCUGUACCUUCAUGGGAAUUCAUCUUCCAUCAGAGACAAAUAUCUGGCUGUUAAAAGAAAGGAAAUGAGGCGCUUCCAGUUUCCUUCCCGGGCGACUGAUACCUUGACGUGGUUGGGAAGCUUGAUAACCUUCUGUACAUUUAAAAACAGGAUAAUGAGGGUUAUACUAAACACAGUCAAAAAAAUUAUUAAUAAUGUUUUGAAAAAUUCUAGACAAAUUCCCUUUGUGUUCUGUAAUGUCCAUUUACAAUAUACAAUUUUGAAUGAAAUACAUGUUGAAAUAUUUUCAACAAUUACCAUAGUUAUAUAUAUUACAGCUAUGAAUGAAAGUUGUUUUUUUCAACUGUUUGUAAUAGGAAGGAUUGAUGGAAAAUACCCUGCCCAUGCCAGGCUUUGAACUUUCGACCUUUCGCUCUCAAGGCAAACAUCCUAUCACUAGGCUAAAGGGAAAUUCCCACUAGUGUGAGCUAGUAAGGGGACCUCAUUCUCUCUACUUUCACAUGUUUUAUCCCAGUAUUUUUGUUUAAAUGAUAUUUUGGACUGUGUUUUGUAAAAUAAUGACAUACAAUAUGAUCCAGUUUUCUCUCUUACAAACACCAAGCAAAUUUUGACAGGUAUUUGUCGCAGAGCCAAAAUGCACAUGUUCCAUGAAAAUAUGUUUCAAGGAAACACUGGGUGCCACAAAGUUUGUAAUUUGAUUCAAACACAGUGAAUAUUUUGGUUUCAGAGAUAUACAAUGUACUGACACGUUAACAAGACUUUAAUUCUAACAAGAAAAUGUCAAAUCAGGGCAAUAUAUUAACAAAAAAUAAAGAUUGCAUGGAGAUCCUUGAAACGUUACUGCCAAAGUAAGACCAGCAGGCCUGCUUUCAUGAAACUUCUCAUGCUCAAGUACACAUUUUGUGCUCUGGCUAUUUUUGGUGAUGAAUCUAAUACAGACAUAUCUCGAUCGACAUUUUUUCAAUAAUUUGAAGGAAUUUAUGAAAGACUUCAGGUGAGAUAUGCUUUUUGAUGUUUAUAUUUUUUUUCUUUAAAACUGUUACUUCAUGAUUUAAGUGAGUUUAAAGAAAGUUGAAUUGAGCACAGAAUUCAUAUUUUUUGCAUGGAAAUGGUUUCAUGAAUGUGGCCCCAGGUGUUCCAAAAGAUCCUUAGCAUUUUUUUACUUCAUCUACGACACCUGCCAUGCAAAUCUUUGUCAUAUCUGGGUUAAGUCAUAUUCUCAAACUGUGAACUACAAUGUAGGUCGGUGACAAUUAAGACACAGUACAUUUACAAAAAUAGAAUUCACAUUCUGAAACCUUUAGAUCAGCAACACUUGUGUCUAUGAUACGUUGUUUUGUAAUUAGAAAAUAGCAUGAAACACAAAUGCUGAAGGAAGACAAUCUUUGACUUAAAAUUGCCAUGACUUUGAUACCUAUACAUGUUUUGCCUCCGAAUCGACAUCUACCUGUCAAAAUAACAAAAAAAAUUAUUGUCUGAUGUUAAAGCAAGAGUAAAUUGUGCCACUGUAUGAUUCAUGGGUAUAUGAGUAUGAAGGUUUUGUACAGAAUUUUCACAGGGCUCAGCCAAAUUUCUGACAAUACCCCAACAGUAAGGUGUUCAUACUCCCCAUACCAACAUGAUGUUUUCAUCUUCCAAGCCAUUGACAAGGUAAUUAUCAGUAUAUCAGCUGGAAACGCCUCAUUUCUGUCUGUCAUUAUGAAAUCCUCCUGUUAUGCAGGAUAUAUCGCCCAAUAUCAAAUAUUAUACAAAUCACAUCAGUAGCAGCUUUUUUUGAGAGAUUAAAACAAAGCCAAAUGCCCGUGUUGUGGGUUACCUGAUCAACUUGCUGUCUCAGAGAGAUCAUUUCAUAUAACAAUUGAGAAUGUAUAUAUAUUAAUUAAGAUAAAAUGAUUGAAGUUUUGCUAAAUAUUGUGUAAUUAUACAGUGUAUCACAAAGGAAAGUGAACCGAUAGCCCUGAG